UUUCUCAGAAUUUCUCUCCCUUUGUACAUUCCCACACUUUAUUAAGCAAUAAAAAGAAAGCUAUAAUGGCAAUCCCAUUGUCCUUCUUUCUACUGCUUUUCCCUCUCUUGGCUCCCACAUUUGUUCUCUCCUCACCAGUUCAGGACCCCGAGCAAGUAGUCCAACAAGUCAAUGAGAGCAUAAGAAAUGCUACUAUGGCGAGGAGGAGCUUGGGGUUUCUCUCAUGUGGAACCGGCAAUCCCAUCGAUGAUUGCUGGCGGUGCGACCAUCAUUGGGAGAAGAACCGUCAGAAGCUAGCCGACUGCGCCAUUGGGUUCGGCAAGCAUGCCAUUGGUGGGAGAGAUGGGAAAAUAUAUGUGGUGACUGACCCUAGUGACCAUGACCCUGUUAAUCCUAAACCCGGAACCCUUCGAUAUGCUGUCAUCCAAGAUGAACCUUUAUGGAUCAUUUUCGCUCGUGACAUGACCAUCAAGUUGAAGGAAGAAUUGCUUAUGAACUCGUUCAAGACCAUCGACGGCCGAGGCGUCAGCGUCCACAUUUCCGGUGGGCCAUGCAUUACUGUUCAGUACGUGACCAACAUCAUAAUCCAUGGGAUCAACAUUCAUGAUUGCAAGAGAGGAGGGAAUGCUUAUGUGAGGGACUCUCCUACCCAUUACGGCUGGAGGACGAUAUCGGACGGGGACGGGGUAUCGAUUUUCGGAGGCAGCCAUGUUUGGGUGGACCAUUGCUCUUUGUCUAACUGCAACGAUGGGCUGAUCGACGCCAUUCAUGGAUCCACCGCCAUCACCAUUUCUAACAAUUACUUGACCCAUCAUAACAAGGUCAUGCUAUUGGGACAUAGUGACACUUACAAACAAGAUAAGAACAUGCAAGUCACCAUUGCCUUUAAUCACUUUGGAGAAGGCCUUGUACAAAGAAUGCCUAGAUGUAGGCAUGGAUACUUUCACGUGGUGAACAAUGAUUACACGCACUGGGAAAUGUAUGCAAUCGGUGGCAGUGCUGAUCCUACAAUCAACAGCCAAGGCAAUAGAUUUCUUGCACCAAAUGAUGCAGACAACAAAGAGGUGACAAAACAUGAGGAUGCGCCGCAAAGUCAAUGGAAGCAUUGGAAUUGGAGAUCAGAAGGGGAUUUGAUGUUGAAUGGAGCCUUCUUCACCGCAUCCGGAACCGGGGCUUCUUCAAGUUAUGCCAAGGCGUCGAGCUUGGGUGCGAGGCCGUCAUCACUGGUGAGCUCACUCACAGCAGGAGCGGGUGCACUCGUUUGCAAGAAGGGGUCGCAUUGCUAGUGAAAUGGCUAAUAGGAAUAAAGAUAAAAAGGCUGGAACAUGAAAAUUAUCCCAAAUUGUAAUUAAAAAGAAGGCAGAAUUCAUGUUUCUGUAUAUUGGUGAAAUAAUGUUGUAUUGUUGAGUUUAGAAGAUGUAUAAUAUAAGUGUACAAAUACUGAAUCAGCCUGCUUCUGUGAAACCAGAAAAAAGAGCUGAAAAAAGUGUUUGAUAAAUUGAAAGUUGAGUUCUAUCAAUGAAAUUACUCAUUAUUGAUUCA